AUGUACACUAAUGACUGGGAUCCCAAUGACGGCUCGAUCCUGCGGUCAACCGACCAGGGCGAUACCUGGGAGGAGACAAAGCUUCCCUUCAAAGUUGGAGGGAACAUGCCCGGUCGGGGCGUUGGCGAACGACUCGCCGUGGACCCGAAUGACAACAGCAUCUUGUAUUUUGGAGCCCGCAGUGGCAAUGGCUUGUGGAAGAGCACGGACUAUGGCGUGACCUGGUCGAACGUGACUGCCUUUAAGUGGACUGGCACUUAUUUUCAAGACUCCAGCUCCACCUACACGUCUGAUCCGGUAGGAAUUGCCUGGGUCACCUUCGACUCAACCUCGGGGUCUAGUGGCUCUCCGACUCCGCGCAUCUUUGUUGGCGUGGUGGACACUGGAGAAUCAGUCUUUGUUUCUGAAGAUGCUGGUGAAACUUGGGCCUGGGUAUCCGGAGAGCCAUUGUAUGGCUUCCUUCCCCACAAAGGCGUUCUGUCACCAUCCGAGCACACUCUCUAUAUCUCCUACUCCAACGGCGCUGGUCCUUACGAUGGCACCAAUGGCACUGUGCACAAAUACAACAUCACCAGCGGCACCUGGACCGAUAUCAGCCCGACCUCCAUGGCAGACACCUACUACGGCUAUGGUGGACUGGCAGUCGACCUCCAGGUUCCCGGCACUGUCAUGGUCGCAGCCCUUAACUGCUGGUGGCCCGAUGAGUUAAUCUGGCGUAGUACAGAUUCAGGAGCAACUUGGUCGCCUAUCUGGGCUUGGAAUGGCUAUCCCAGCAUCAACUACUACUAUUCGUAUGACAUCUCCAACGCCCCGUGGCUACAAGACGACACCUCAACGGACGAGUUCCCAGUCCGCGUCGGGUGGAUGGUCGAAGCCCUCGCCAUUGACCCCUUCGACUCUGACCAUUGGCUUUACGGUACUGGUGCGACCAUCUACGGUGGUCAUGACCUCCAAAACUGGGACAGCUCACACAAUGUAACCAUCGAAUCUCUCGCCGUAGGUAUUGAAGAAAUGGCUGUCCUUGGUCUCAUCACUCCCCCGGGCGGACCUGCCCUUCUCUCUGCGGUCGGCGACGAUGGUGGCUUCUACCACACUUCCCUAACCACCGCCCCUUCACAAUACUACCACACCCCAACCUACGGGUCAACUAACGGUAUCGACUAUGCCGGCAACAAGCCCGCCAACAUCGUUCGUUCUGGAUCCAGUGACUCUGAUCCCACCCUCGCCUUAUCUUCCAGCUUCGGUGAGUCCUGGUACGCCGACUACGCUGCUUCUUCCUCCACUGCGACCGGCCAAGUCGCCCUCUCCGCAGACGCCGACACUAUCCUGCUCAUGAAUAGCGACGGCGCCUAUCGUUCUAAAAGUUCAGCUACUCUCAGCGCAGUCUCUUCUCUCCCCUCUGGAGCUGUCAUAGCCUCUGACAAGGCUAAUAACACCUACUUCUACGGAGCGUCCGGCUCCUCUUUCUACCUUUCAUCUGACACCGCGGCGACCUUUACUGUCACCACCACCCUCGGCAGCAGCACAACCGCCAACGCCAUCCGCGCGCAUCCCUCCCUUGCUGGUGACGUCUGGGUCAGUACUGACACAGGCCUCUUUCAUUCAACCAACUACGGCAAGUCAUUCACUCAGAUCGGAAGCGGAUGCACGGAGGGAUGGAGCUUCGGGUUUGGCAAGCCCUCUUCCGAUGGUGAUUACCCUGUUCUAUUCGGCUUCUUCACUGUCGAUGGCGUCACAGGUCUCUUCAAAACAGAAGAUCAAGGUGUCAAUUGGCAGAUAAUCUCCGACGCCGAUCACGGGUUCGGGGCUGCAUCGGCGAAUGUCGUUAAUGGUGAUUUGCAGAACUAUGGAAGGGUAUUUGUCGGCACAAAUGGACGGGGCAUAUUUUAUGGUGAUCCGAGUGGAAGUCUGCCGAGUGCGACUGCUACUGCAUCUAGUGCUUCAUCGACGGCGGUGAAGAGUUCAACUUCGACUUCGACUUCUAAGGUAGGUACGAGCACGACUGUUUCGAGUACAAAGAGUACGGUUACAACUAUUACUACGAGCAGUAUUAAGUCGACGACGUUGACAACGACAACGAAGUCGAGUAGUUCGACUACUUCGGCAACAUCGACUGCUACUGCGACGGCGUCAGCGUAUGGGCAGUGCGGUGGCAGCGGGUAUACGGGAGCGACGCAGUGUCCGAGUGGGUGGACGUGCACGUAUGAGAAUGAGUUUUAUUCGCAGUGUCUGGAAGGUUGA